AUGGCAAAUGUUCUGACAGAGGACUUCCCUUCUGUUCCCUACUCAUCAUGGGACUUCAAUGAUGACAAAUGUAAAACUGCCAAUGAAGAGAUUGAAAACUACAAUGAGAUUUUCCAGGUCAGGGAUUGUCGCUUGGUGAGUCUCCUGGAUUUGGCGCUGGAGAAAGACUAUGUUAGAGGAAAGGUAGCUGAAUAUCUGAACAAACUGAUCGACCUGGGUGUGGCUGGAUUCAGAGUAGAUGCUUGUAAGCACAUGUGGCCUGGUGACCUUACAAACGUCUACGGCAGACUCAAGACCCUCAAUACCAAAUGGUUUCCAUCUGGCACCAAGCCCUUCAUUUAUCAAGAGAUUAUUGACUUGAGUGGGGAGCCCAUUAAAGCCAGUGAGUACUAUGGGCUUGCAAGAGUGACGGAAUUCAAACACAGUGCGAAAUUGUGCACAGUGGUUCGUAAAUGGAAUGGAGAGAAGCUAAGCUAUCUGAAGUAUGUCACUAAAUAA